AUGCUAGGCGCUAGAAUGGGGGUUGAAUUUGCGAUCGGGGUGAACACUCGGCAAACUAACAGUGCAGUGAUAGUUAAAGGCACUGAAGCCAUGAACGUUCCAAGCUCGCCCUAUUCCGACUUUGGGAACAUUACUGGAAUCCUUACAAACCCCCAAUCUUCUUUGCUGAUUGAAACUUGCAUGAGCCGUAAAGCCAUCCGCCGGGUUGCUGUAGUCACUGGCGGUGGCCGAGGUUGUGGCUUGGCAUUCGCCCAAGGUCUCGCCGAGGCUGGGGCAGACGUUGCCAUUUUUGAUCUGAUAGACCCGGAGCCAUCUGCCUUUGAGGAACUGUCUUCUACAAACGGGGUGAAAGCAAAAGCAUAUGUCGUCGAUGUAACAUCGAUCUCCAGCUUGGAAAAGGCCUUUGCCGCUGUGGCAGCCGACUUUGAUGGCAAGCUCGACAUCUUCGUCGCUUGCGCCGGUGUGAACAAGAACGUUGAGUUUCUGGAUACUGAAGAGGCAGACUUUGACAGGCUGUAUGGGGUCAACUGCAAGGGCCUCUACUUUUCAGCAAAGAUGGCCGCGAAGGCAAUGAUUGCCAACGGCACUAAGUGCGGAAGCAUAAUCUUUGUUGCAAGUAUCGCAUCGUACAUGGCCAUUCGCUCCCAACGAUCCACUGCGUAUUGCGGUACAAAGGGAGCAGUACGAGCGAUGGUCGCUCCAAUUGCUGCCGAGCUGAACAAGUACGGGAUCCGGGUCAACUCCAUCUCACCUGGCUAUGUGCGAACAGAAAUGACGGCUCCCUUUCCUGAUCUACUUGAGGGGUGGAAGGACGAGAUUAUGAACGGCAGGGUAGCGGAGCCUGACGAUAUCAAGGGUGCCUGUGUUUUCUUAGCGAGCGAUGCCAGCAAAUACUGCCAGGGAAGCGAUAUCUUGGUUGAUGGUGGCGUGACCAAGUGUCAUUCAGUUACAACCUUGCACGUGAACAAUAUGCGAAAUCAUAACGAAGUCAUCGACGAUACCGAAUUGGGCGCAGAUGUACUUUCCAUCACUAUCACUACAGCUGCAUGCUUAUCUCUAGUAGCGUCACGUGCCGUUGACCUGCAUAUUGUCUCUUCAACUUUCAUGACCCGCCGCUUGUCAUUAAUAUUCGGGUUCCUAGACUUGAUCGCAAUGGGCCUUUUCGCCAACCUGUUGGCCAUUGCCGCCGAAGAAUCGCUCAAAAUCUUACUCGUUGCUCCGUUGGCUACGCUUUCUAUCUAUUUCUUCUUCAACAUCUUCCUCCACCCACUACGCAAAGUUCCGGGACCACGGAAAGCAACAAUCUCUCCAUUAUGGCUGUGGUACCAUUCAUAUAUAGGGGAUGAGACGACCUCGAUCGAAGCUCUGCAUCGAUUCUAUGGUCCAGUCGUACGAAUCGGCCCCAACGACGUUGACAUUAGCGACGGCGCGGCUCUUGCACCGAUCUACUCCGAGAAAGGCGGGUUCCUGAAAACAACAUGCUAUAGCAAUUUCGACUUUGACGGUCACCCGACAAUAUUUUCGGCGCUAGAUCCUGCACACCGGGCCCUUAGAUCAAAGGCUGUUGUCAGCAUGUUCAGCCCGGCCUCUAUCCGAAAGGAAGGCGACCAGAUACUGAGAUCCUGCGUCGAUAGGUUGAUGGCGCAUAUCGAAAAUGCAGCAGCUUCUGGCAAACCUGUCAACAUGCUCAAUAUGGGCAGAUGUCUAGCUCUUGAUGCAGUGACGGAAUACCUCCUAGGCAAGACAUACGGAGGUAUUGCGGAGCUGGAGGCAAGCAGAAGCACCAGGGACUCAAGCAGCCUCUCUGCCAGCGAGUUCGUGGACACCUUUGUCGCAGUUGGAAGAUUCUUCUUGCUUCCUAGUUGGAUCUUUCACGCCCUCGAGUGGGCUCUCCCGAAGUUGUUCCCGGAUCAGAAGGUCGACCAGUCGAUGGAACUCGUAACAAAGUUCUGCGAUCAGGUCGUCGCCGAGGCCGACCUGGAGAAAGACCAAACGUACCAGGCUCGUUUACUGCGAGCUGGCAUCAGCGAAGAAGAAGCUGCUGUUCAGUGUAUGGAUUUGAUGUUUGCCGGCACAGACAGCACUGGCAUGAAUUUUGGUGCUAUUUGCUGGCAUUUGGCACAGUCGCCCUCAAUCUAUCAGAAGCUCAAAGACGAGCUCGCAUUGCCAGAGGUAUCGCAAGCCGACCCGCAAACUCUUCCCUACUUACGCGGCGUGGUGCGCGAGGGUCUUCGAAUGUCAAUGGCAAAUCCGACUCGUCUUCCACGCGUUGUGCCGCCCAGCGGAUUCACAUUCGCAAGUAAGAUGCCUUCUGGGGAAACGGUAACUUUUGAGUUCCCGGGCGGAACCUGGAUUGGAUGCGCACCAUUUAGCCUGCAUUUCAACGAUGCUGUCUUCCCUAAUCCGCAUGAAUUUCAGCCAGAACGAUGGCUUGAGCCUAGCGAGGAAAUGCUACGCGAUGCCAUCCCAUUUGGACUUGGACCGCGGCAGUGUAUUGCUCGGAACCUUGCUUCAAGUGAGCUCUUCUGGGCAGUCAGGGCACUAGGUAUAUCUGGGGUGCUGGAUGGGGCUAGAACAACAGGGCUGAUGAAGGAUGGGAUUAUUGUUGACGAAUGGUUCAACUCAAAAGUUCCUGGGCAUGCUAUUGAGCUGAUAUGGGAAUCAUCGACGAAUUCGGAAUAUCUUGGUAUCGGCCUCGGAGACAGUCCGUCACCUCUCAUUGUCAAGCUAUGUUAUGAAGGCGAGCGGGGCCAAAGGCUAAUCGAGUUUGUAUUCACAUCCAAGCUGUCGUUUGGGUUGGCCCGAGUCGCCCGAGUCGCGGGACCGGCUUCACGGCCCCAGUUUUACGUUUCGACACGGACAUACGGACCAAAGCGGACGAAACCCGGACAAAACCCGGACGAAAAAGUGGGCGAAUAUGGGACCAUGAGGCCGCAACUAUGCAAUAGCUGGAUCUCCUCUGUGUUGGCCCCCACAGCUAGCAAAACCGUUAAAACCGCUCAGGGCCAAGAUGACGGGCCACAAAGAUCUCGCAUCCAUACACAUCUUCCGCCCAGGAAAGCAGGAGUCACAGCUCGGAAGCCGUAUCUUCCCUAUUCACUACUAUCAAAGCCCCAGCCCUCCAUGAAUCGCAGGUGGAUCUUGACUGGCCAGAGAGGCUUUGAGAAAAGCCUCAAGUACGAGGAGAACGUGCCGCAGGCCGAUAAGUUGGCAGCUCACGAGGUUCUGGUGGAGCUACACGGUGCUAGCUUGAACUAUCGCGAACUCGCAAUCGCAGACACAACAGGUACGGCAGCUAUCGCCGGCGUUAUUCGACAACACGUCGUGCCUGGUUCUGAUGGUGCCGGCAUUGUCAAGGCGAUUGGCAGUGCCGUAACAGCCUUUAAGACCGGUGACCAUGUCGUCACUCACCUAGCUCCCAAACAAGCCGAGCGUUGCGGGGAUUAUGAGUUGCCGGUUUACCAAGACAUUGUGGAGGGUCUUGGCCAGACUAUUGACGGAACUCUACAAUCAGAAGGCAGAUUCACAGAAAGCGGGCUUCUUCAUGUCCCUACAUCUCUUGGUUGGCCGGAAGCUGCAACUUUGACUUGCAGCGGCCUCACCGCCUGGAACGCACUCUUCGGCCUCAAAGGUAGAGAGCCUCGAUCCGGUACAUGGGUGCUUGUUCAAGGAACAGGUGGUGUGAGCAUUGCCGCGCUUCAAUUGGCGGUAGCUGCUGGAGCUACCGUCGUCGCCACGACAUCAUCCGCAGAAAAGGAGGAGAGGCUGAAGGCACUCGGCGCAAGCUACACUAUUAGCUAUCGAGACAACCCCGAGGACUGGGGUGUCAAGACGAGGAACUUCACUCCAAAUCAGGCUGGCUUCGACAUUGUUGUCGAUGUUGCCGGCAACGAAUCACUGUCUCAAUCGCUCACCGCGGUGAAGACAAAUGGUGUGGUUGUCUCUGCAGGCUUGGUCGGAGGCAAAGCCGAGGCUGUGCCCAUGCUGGCUGCUCUCAUGCGCCCGUGCAUUGUCAGGGGUGUGAUCUUGGGAAGUCGGGCACAAUUCCAAGAUAUGAUCCAGUUUAUCGAGGAGAAGAACGUCAAGCCGGUUAUCGAUGACAAGAUUUUUGAGCUCGCGGAGGCAAAGGCUGCUUAUGCGCGAUUGAAGGAGAAGAAGCACUUCUCCAAAAUUGCUAUCAAGAUUGACCACUGA